AUGAAGGGUUCGAAGGCAGACACGGAAGUUGGUCUGAUGCUCGGAAGCUUUCAGUUGUCUGCAUUCGUUGCUUCGAUUUUUGUAGAAAUUGUGGACACAUGGGCGUCAUUUAUUUCGCUCAGUAUAUUGAUCAGAUUUAUCAUGGGAUUUGGAGAAGCUGCAGUGAAUGCAGCUGCAUUUACUCUGGUUUUAAGCAUGUUUCCUUCCCAUCCUGCUACUGCACUGGCUGUGUUGGAACUCCCCGAGGCUCUGGGCCUUACAACUGGUGAACUGAUUGGCGGAUUCUUGUAUGGCAGUUACGGUUUUCUUUUCCCUUUUGCGGUCUUCGGUGGUGCAUUGCUUAUAUUCAUCCUAUCCUUUAUUGAUACAACCAUUGCUGUGUAUCUCAGUGACACAUUUGGCUGGAGUGCAACUAAGAUUGGAUUAGUGAUGCUCGAUCAUCUUAGCUGGAUCAUACUUAGUCUGUUGUUGGGGGGAUGUUCAUUGAUGCUGAUUGAUCCAUCAUUUGUGUUUAAUUUUUACCAAGACCUUGGCAUGAUUAAUAGUGCUGUUUCAAUGGGAUUCGCACAAGACAUGUCACUGAAUGGAGUGGUAUCGGGUCUUGUUCUAGCAGCGGUUUUUUCUUGUCUGGAGCAUUGA